AGGAAAAGGAAAAAGGAUAGGAAAACGCGGAGGGAAAAGGAAAGCGUGGCGGCUAUAAACCACCACCCGAUUCCCCAAUCCCAAUCCCCACCCCGCCCACCGAUUCCCCAAUCCUCGCCCGGCGGAACCCUAGCUCGGCUCCGGCGCCACCUCCACGCCGGGACGCCUCCUUCCCCUCCGGCGGAAUCGGCGGCCCGCUCCUCCCCCGGCGCCACGCGACGCUCCCCCUGCUACCCGGCGUCCCCGUCCAAGCUCCGCGGCCGGCUUCUUCCACCUCCGUCGACACCGCCAGGAUCCGAGGGACUCGACUCCGCGCCGUCCGAGGGACUCGACUCCGCGCCGUCACCAAGGGACCAGCCGCCCGCCGCCGCCGUCCGCGUCGGAUCGGGCCCGAUCUGUAACGCGACCCCGCUAUUAGCGGCGCUCUCUGUACUAUAUCCGAUUUUAUCGAUCGAUCUGCGAGAAACUCUCCCCGGACCUCUCGUUAAUUGCGUGUGUGUGUGUGCGCAAACUAGAGGCCCGAAGAGGAAAAAAGGCAGACUCGAAUCGAACCGUCCGCCAUGGGCGUCUUGUAUUACAAAUAUAAGAGUGCAAAGGAAACUUACCCUGUGCAGUUGCCAUAUUCUUUCAUAUCUGUGUCUGAACUCAAGCAGCUCAUCUUGACGAGCAACCGGCACGGCAUCGGCCGUAGCCGUGGCCGUGGCCCCCGGGAGGAUAUCGCCCUCUCCAACGCCCAGACCGGCGAAGAAUAUGCAGAUGAAAAUGCAAUGAUACCACAGAAUGUAACUGUGCUGGUCCGCCGAACUGCUGGGCAAGAGUCAGAGAAUAUCGUUGUAAUAUCCUCGCGGAAAGUUAUAGAAGAUGGUUCUAUAGCUUCAAACAGAUCAGUGGUUACUGAAUCAGUCUCAAAAUCUUGUUCCUCCGCAGAAAUGAAAGAUGAAGAUGCUGCAAUCGCAGCUGUGAUUGAUGCAGCUGAACUUAAAUGGGAGGAGCAGUCAUUUAAGAGAGGACAAGCUCCUGGAAGGUUUAUAUCAGGGCGCCAGAAUGGCCAUGGAUCAUCAGAGAGGGAGGCACCUCCACCAGGCUACGUGUGCCGCAGCUGUGGAGUUGCAGGCCAUUUCAUUCAACAUUGCCCACAGGAAAACCAGACACCUCCACCUGGCUAUACCUGCUACAGAUGCCGGAUUCCAGGGCAUUUUAUUCAGCAUUGCCCAACUAUUGGCGAUUCUAAAUUUGACAACUACAAAAUGUCUCGUCCUGUUGCCCCUGUCGUACCGCUGAAUCCUGUUGAUGGCAUCCUAUCUGCACUUGCCCCAGCUGCAUCUGUGAGUGAAGUUGAUGACUUACCAGCAGAACUCCACUGCCAACUAUGUAAUAAGGUGAUGGCAGAUGCGGUUUUAACAAGCAAGUGCUGCUUCGUCAGUUUCUGUGAUAAAUGUAUUCGAGAUUACAUUAUUACACAAUCGAAGUGCAUUUGUGGAGUGAAGGUACUUGCAGAUUCCCUCAUCCCAAAUCCCACAGUUAGAAGCACAAUCAGCAAUUUGUUAGGAACAAGGACUUGCAGCACUGCCAGCGGUACAGGGAAGCACAGAAGUUCUUCAGGAAGCAACGCUGAUCCCAAAUCACAGAGCCACACCACCUCGGCUGCUUUGGAAAGGGACACGAAGCAAUGUUUGGACAGCCAGCUAUCGCCAGCUGCUUCUGACGCCCGCCUCCAGGUCGCCACAGAACAUGAUCAAGUCGACCGGCCUCAGAAGAAUUCUGAUCUGAAGAGCAACACUGAAGGCUCUGCAGGGCGUUCAGCAGAGAAAGCUGUACCUAGCGCUGACCUCCCCAAGCCAAAGGAUGUAAGCGAAUCAACAUUAAAGGGCACUGCAAUUUCAUCAGGGACCUUGGAACCAAAAGUUGCUAGGUCUGAUCAGUUGAAGAAGAAGCGGAAGAAGGCAGACUCAUCUAAGGCUGUUCACCCAAACAAUGCUGACUAUGGUUACAACGUUCCAUUUGAUCCUUCAUAUUGUAACCCUUUCAAUGGUGGAUAUGUCAUGGGUCCAUUUGGUGUACCUGAACCAUACAUGUACGGCUCAAUGGGCAUGCCCUAUGGUGGUUUCCCGAUGGGUCCAUUUGGUAUGAAUCCCUUCGGCAAUAUUCCGCCUCAGGCUCUUGCCAUGCAAGGCUAUCCACCAAACUAUCAAAGCUGGGAAACCCAGGCUGCAGUACACCGUGAUGCCGAAGCUGCUGCACGCGCAAGGCAGGUCUCCCAUGGGAACGCGGAUGCUGCUGUGCGUUCAAGGCAGACCGAGAGGCCAAAGGACUCUGGUGCUUGGCCCAGGCCAUCAGAACGUAACCAGCGCAUGGGUUCUCCUCAAGGCAGAGAGUUGAGGGACAGGCCCCAGUCGAGACCUGAACCAUCAGAGCGCAACCAGCGCUUGGGUUCUCCUCGUGGCAGAGAGUCCAGGGAGAGGUCUCGGUCUAGAUCUAAGCCAUCAGAGCGCAGCCAGCGCUCGGGUUCUCCUCGUGGCAGAGAGUCGAGGGACAGGUCCCAGUCAAGGCCGGCGAGGAGUAGGGACCAUGGGCGUAACGACAGAGGUUCCAGUGACUACCACGAGGAUCACCACGACAGGAAGAGAAUGCGCGCGUCUUCUACAGUUGAUGGUGAUACAGAUAGCAGCCAGAGGUCCAAACACAGUUCUAGGAGCCUCAGGCGUGACGAUGGAAGCGACGAUGAGCAGAAUUUCAAGAGGAAGUGGGGACGAUGAUCGCCGGUUGCCAUGGAUGGAUACAAGGUUCUGAAUAAAGAUGGAGGACUUGUUGCAGCAUUGCUGAUGAGACUUGUUUUACCAGUGAUUAUAUAUGUCUCGGAAAGCGGAGGACAAUUCCUCUUGCAGAAUGUUAAACCAUUUGUUAUACCGGAGAUUGUAAUAUAUGAGAGUUCCCAGAUCUCUUCCUUUGUAAUGCAAUGUUACCAAGAUAAAUGAUAUUAUCAUUGGAUUGAAA